GACCAGUGCUCAGUUUAGAUAAGCCUGCAGAGCAAUGCAGGCCAUUCUGAACACAACUGCUGUAAAUGUUGGCAGUGAGUCUUAAACCUGGCCAGAAUUUCUUUACCCUGAGUCACCUGAUUCAACUUUAUUGAAAGCAGCCAACCCCAACUGGAGCCCUUUGGGAUGAAAAAUGGAUAUGUAAGUGCUUAAAGUGAAAAAAAGCAUCUAUAGAGCUGUGGGCUCUAAACUGCCAUCAUGGGGAAUGCAAUGAAAAUUCAAGAAGAGAAAAACAAAGUGCCUAACAGCUUGGAAACUGUGUCUAAAGACUGUGACAGCCUUGUGGUGCUCUCUGACUAUCCAUGCCGUGACAUUAGUGAACCAAUCUUUAAGAUGGGGGACAAACUUAAGGGUCUCUCUGAAGAUGGUUGCUGGUGGAAAGUCCGUUCUCUACAAACAGGAACUGAGAACUACAUUCCCAGUAAUCAUGUUGCAAAGGUCUAUCACGGAUGGCUGUUUGAGGGGGUUGGGAGGCAGAAGGCAGAAGAGCUUUUGUCAUUGGCUGGUAAUGGCAUUGGGUCUUUUCUUAUUAGAGAGAGUCCAAGGGAAAGAAGUGUGUAUUCUCUCUCUGUGAGACACAGGACCAUCAAGCACUAUAAGAUAUUUCGUCUGAAUAAUAGCUGGUACUACAUCUCACCACGGCUCACCUUCCAGUGUCUGGAGGAUAUGGUCAAUCACUACUGUGACUCUUCAGAUGGUUUAUGUUGUGUUCUCAGCGCUCCAUGUUUGGCUCUAUCCAAACCUGCCCCGAGCUCAACCCAGGAAGCGCCCCCUGUGGUGAUGCGCCAUAACUUGGAUUGGAAGAAAGUGAAUAGGUCACAGUUGAUGAGCCCAGGUGGGCUGGGUCUUGUGGACAACAAAGAUAACAUGAUGAGCUAUGGAGUGAGGAGCAGCAUAGCCACCUAUCUGUCUUUAACAUCAGAACCUGAGCAGUCCAAAGACCGCAAUAAGAAAAGCAAGUCUGUCUAUGUGAUGCCUGACCACAGUAGUAUGGAUAUAGAUGAGAACUGUUAGCACAUGACCAAAGACACAGAUGUGUUAGCACCUUUUGUUAUGGACGGAUAGCAUUUUUUGCAUUUUUUAAUUUAGUGCACAUUUGUCUUUAUCAAAAAGCCAUCACUGCAUUCUUUUUCAAACUUGUCAGUGGCACUUUUUAUGAAAGUGGAAAACUGAUAUUUCUCUGUUUAUCUUUCAAUAAAUCUUUCCUUUUGCA